GAGUCACUUAAGGACUCGUACCCUUAUCAGAAGCCUAUACUUUGCGUGUCAGUGCUGCGGUGUUUCGGCUCAAGGGUACAACGGCAGGGCCCCGAUCCUCCUCACCCUGUCAAGUUUGGACAGGUAACCGUAACUCUACCUGCGGUCCACGCCCUCCGCCGCAACGCUGCGCACAGGAAAAUCCUGAUUGCUUUUAGUGAACAUGCGGCUGUUUGCGAGCGGCGCGCUCCUGGGACUCUUGUUUGUGACGUUCAUCGACUCAUCAGAAUGCCUACAGACGGCGGUCGUACCAAACAAAGGCUUGACAGUGACGGUGUCCACCGUGCUGCCGUUGGAUCAAUGUGCUGUUUGUACAAUCAGCGGGGUGAAUGAUACACAGACAUCCUGCAAUUCCUCUCUGACUCUGGUACCUGAGGAGGAGGUCAAACUGCUGUUCAACUGCUCCCAGCCGAUAGAACAGGCUUACACUGUGACGAUCGCUCAGACCAUUGAGUGCACUAAGGACGCCUGCAACCCGACAAUGCUAGAAGCUCAAACCUCCAUCCUCCCAGAGCUCAGCAGAACCUUCACCUGGGAGCUGAAGGCCCCGGAGAAGACGCUUGUGGGUCUGGACAUCCUUAGACAGGGGCUGAUGGAGACGUCACAACCGUGCACUGAUGGAUUCCAGUAUUUGGUCGUCAUAUCCAAAACAAACACCAAGGGCCGGACUCAGUAUUGUCCAGGUGGUUCUGAGACUAGUUUGGAUGCGCCCAAUGGAGCUGUUGUGUCUCUGCAAGUAAAACCAAAGGCUCUGGUCGAAUCGUUGUUCCAGGCCUCAGCUGCACCACGAAAGGGCCGAACGAUGGUUGUAAGCGUUGAUUCACGCACGACUGUGGUCGUCAGCCGGGAUCCUGAGGAGCCAGAAUGUGAAGUUUGCUCGGUUGUUGGCUCCACUCGCGACUGUAGCCCCACAGAAAAGACACUGACGAAUGUCGAGAAACUCUCGCUGGAGUUCAGCUGCCUGAAACCUCAGGAUGUGUACAGAGUGACGAUGAAGAAGAAAAUAGAAUGCACCCAAAGCUCUUGCACACCUGCUGCAGGAGAAGUCAAUCCCGACAUCUUUAAGGACUUCCAAAGAUCCCUCACAUGGGACAUAAGUCUACCAGAGAGGACUGUGUUAACUCUGGACUUCCCUGGUGGAUUAAAGGAGAUGUCUGGAGCAGAGAAAUGCCAAGAUGGCCAGCAGUACUCAGUGAGCACAACGAACAGUGAAGGAAAGGUUAAAACUAACAGCUACUGUGAGGGCGGAACAGUGUCUCUUCAUCUGCUCGGCGCGACGACUGUGACUGCAGAGGUGCCCACAGGAAGUGAAGUGGACUCAUUUACUGUCAAAGCAGCACCAAGAGGUGGCAGAAUGAUGUCCGUUAUGCCUGAUCCUGGAACCAUUGUUAUAAUCAGCAGGUUGCCUGGCGAGCCAGACUGUGAGGUGUGUAUCGACAAGGAGCCCAAUCAGAAAUGCAAAUCAACCCAUCUACGCCUCGAAGACCCUCACAAUACCACAGUAGAGUUCACCUGUCCUCAACCUCAGGAUGUUUUCAUUGUGGAGAUCAACAGAGAAAUUGACUGCAAAGACAUCUCCUGCUCUGGAAACGUUGUUCAGGCCGAGUCCUUACUGUUCCCAGACUUCAACCGGACCUUCACCUGGGAUGUGACAGUUGUCUCCACUCGGGUCUUCCAACUGGACUUCCCAGAACCGGGAAUGCGACAGAUUCCCAACCAGGAGACCUGUCCAGAUGAGCACACAUACUCCAUUAUAACCUAUCUGCGCGCAGGGCUAACAACUAUUGGUACCUUUUGCAAAGGAGGACCUGUGACCACCAUCCUGCCCCGCCGCAAGGGCCGAAUGUCUCUGCAGGUGCCUGGCGACAGGAAGCUGGAUCCCGUUGACUUCAAACUCAGCGUUGGACCGGUGUCAGACAUGGUUGCCAUAUUGAAAGUCAACCUUCCACGAGGUAUGUCCGACACAGACCUCAUCACAGCCAACUAUCCCAGCGAUUUCCCUGACAACCAGCAGAUGCAGUGGGACUUCACAGUGCCCGGCAUGUAUAACUACACGAUCCAGUUUCGCGAUCACACAGCUCCAGAGUGCCUCAACAAAAUAGUGGAGGUGGAGUACCAGAAAGAGACCAAGAAGGUGACCAAACUGACUCUGACGGAUUCCCAGCCGCAGCAUGAGCAGGGCAACUUCAAAAUGGUGCUGAGGAAUUGUGAAACCAACACGACACUACAAGGCCUCACCUUGAACUACAGAGUCUCUGUAAUGAGGAGUGGACAUCCAGUCCUAUGUGCGGUGAAUCUAACUGAACGACAAGGAGUGUCGCUACAGAUAGAGAAAGUGGGUUCCGAUCCCUACUGUGAGAUGAGCGUUAACUCUAAGGUUGAAAACAAGAUCAACGUGGCUGCAGGCACGAAGGCCAGCCUGUCCUUCCUCGACUGUCCAAAUGAAGAUGUCCGCCUGACUGCCAGUAAAGCUAUUGAGUGCAAAGAUGAGACGUCCUGCUCUGCGACUCAGCUCACUGUGCCCAAACUGGACUCCUGUCUACCGAUGCCCCUCCACAGCUUCACCUGGCACCUCAAAAUCCCUCAGGACCGCACCGUGGACCUGGUGUCACCCAAAGGGAGUCUCCGUCAGUCCCUGCCCGGUCAGGAGUGCAAUGAGUCCGUCUCCCUGCGUGUGGCAGAGGGCGACGGGUUUUCUGUUGGAGACUUCUGCUACAACGGAAUACUCCAGAAGGUUCAGGUGCACGGCAACGUCUCCGUCACAGCCACAGUCCCCGACUUCAGCAAGACCAUGGAGCCUUUCCUCAACGUCAGCUUCAGUCAGGAGAUCCCAGAGACCAUUAUUUACAGAGUCAGCCCAGAUGUGUCGUCUCCGUUCCUUCUGGCCAGCCCCAACUGGCCUCUGGGUAUGAGGUCUUCAGCCACCGUAUCCUGGAUCGUCAAUGUACCGAGCCAGCACGUGGCGCACAUGCAGUUUGUCAACCUCAGCCAACCCAAAUGCAGUGACAGCCACACCUCCAUCAAGGUGAAGAUGCUGGGGGACGAGGAGGAGAUAAUGAGCCGCAGGGAGGACGAGAAGGCGGAGGACACGCUGAUGGUGCCACGUAGUUUUUAUCUCAACAUGUCCAACUGUAAACCAGAGGAGGGACACUUUGGUGCAGUGACCAAAAUCGUUCUGCAGAAGAAGAGCAACCUCCUGGCCAUCCUCCUCGGGUUAGCAGGCGCUCUUCUGCUGUUGCUGACAGUGCUGGCUAUUGUAUGCUUUGUCACAAAGAAAAAGAAAAAAGACAAACUGGCCGAGGAGUCAUCCAUCUACAUUGGCAAAGGGAACAUCUUCCGCCCAAGUGACAGGCAUUUCACCAAAACUCGGGCAGACAACGACUCCCACGUCUAUGCCUCCAUAGAUGAGGCGAUAAUGUACGGCCACCUGCUGGGUGACUCCAGCUACGCCGACAGCAUGCAAGACCACUUCAACGGCGUGCAGGUGGACUCUUACAACACAUUUACAGGCCCCACUGACCCAGGGCUGCCUGUAAUCAAAGAACCGGACCAUGAGCCUGAGCUGGAGCGGUUCAAGACGUUCCUGGACCCGUCUGAGUCUUUCAUCCCGUCCCGUCCGCGCACUCCUAUCGACCGGCAGGACAGCCUCGGCUUCCAGGACCGCAGGAUGUUGGACAAUGAGCUGUACACGUUUAAGAGCACGGGGGAUAUAAACCCCAUCCGGCUCUCUGGUGUUGACAUGGAUCCACAGCCGCCUACUAUUUUAGAGGACUCGUUGUAGUGUGUGAGGACUGUAGCUGCGGGAUGGGCUGCUGUUACUAAAUUGUCUUUACAGCACAGAGAAUAUCCGGAAGGUACUGAUUUGAAAUUCUGUGCCUUGAUCACACUCAGGGAAUCUGAGAUCGACGAACUCCUGAAUGUGAUGUGUGAGUCGUCUUUGUCAGAGCUUAAGCUUCAAGAGUCCAAGCUGUGAUCCUCUUCUUUCAAGGAACAAUGUGAAGCAUUUAGGGGGCUCUAUUGGCAGAAAUUGAAUUUAAUGUUAAUAAGUAUGUUUUCUUUAGUGUAUUGCAAAUAAGAUUCUCUUACACGCUUGGCACACGGGGCAAGUUUCAGUUGGUUGUAGUCUGCAGCCUCACCACUAGAUGUUGCCAAUCCUUCACACUGCACCUUUAAAGGAAGUUUGGCAUUUUGGGAAAUAGCUUUUCGCUUUCAUGCCAAGAGUUGGAUGAGAAGACCGAUUCCAUUCUUAUGUCUACCUUGUAAAUAUAAAGUUGCACUGAGCAUGACUUGAAACAAGGGGAAAACAAGCUAGUCUGGCUCUGUCUAAAGGUAACUAAAUCCAUUCACUAGCACCUCUAAAGCUCAUAUAGAUUCAUACAAAUUGAAAAAACAAGAUCUAAUUUGAUAAUUAUUAGUGAGCUGGCUGUAUCUUACUGUAGGAACAUGAGUGCUGUCAAUCUUCUCAUCUAACUCUCGGCAUGAAAGCAACAAAAAAAUGCCAAACUAUUUUUUUUGCUUUUAUUUAAUCUCUACCCAUGUGGAAUGGAUUCAGGAGCAGGGACUAUGAAGAGGUGGUCCUCUGGUCCUUGUUUUUAAGUGUUUUUUAUAUUGUUUAUUUGUUUUUAAAGAGAUUUGUGUUUUCUUUACCUGUACAUUUUUUUUUGUUUGUUUUUGCAAUAAAUUCUAGGAAAAUUGUCUGAUGGGGAAACUGUUCACCUCUUAAAGUACUGACUGCCUUCACACGUUAUUUUCCCUCUCAUGCUGAGACAGUCACCUUUUGUGUUGUGGAUGGUGAAAACAAUUUCAGCCACAGGAACUCUGGCCAUGAAAAGCAGUGAAGGAAAGGAGGGAGUGGAAAAGACUCCAGAAUGCAGAGCAGCAGCCAAUGUUUACCAUGGAGAAGUGUAUUUUUACUGGAAAAAACAAAUGCGGGAGCCAGGAUUACAGAGGUGCACCACAUUUCUUGCAGCUGCAGAGGUUUAAUUUAAAGUCUGUAUCUGUCAAAUCUUAAAGUCUACACUUUUGUUUUUCUCUGUCAGUUUGGAGCUGAUUUACUUUUUGCGAAGCACUCACUUUCUCUGAUACCACUUUGAAACGUGUGCAAAUU